UGACCUCACCUGGGGACGAACCUUCAACAGCCGCCGCCAUUGACACGGCCACAUUAGGCUAUUGUUCUGGUUCCGCGCAUCGCUCGUUAGUGGCGACUGGCGAACAUAGAUGCUUUGGGCUUGGGCCCACCGCGCAAUCGCGAGGGGAAAAACAGAGAGAGAUCGACGUGUACGCGGUGGAGUGUCUAUAUAUAUCUCCCGGGACGGACAGGCUCAUUGCCGAGUUCGACAAAAAUCCAAGCAGUCUCCGUCCUUACUCCACCAGGAUGCCGGCGCAGCAGAAGGUGGUCUUGAAGGUCUCCUCCAUGAGCGAUGAGAAGGUGAAGCAAAAGGCAAUGGAAACUGUUGCGGAUAUCUACGGAAUUGAUUCCAUAGGCGCUGAUCACAAAGAGCAAAAAAUGACUGUAAUCGGUGACAUGGACCCUGUUGAGAUCACUAAGAAGUUGAAGAAAUUCGGGAAGAUAGAUAUUGUCUCAGUUGGCCCGGCCAAGGAUGACAAGGACGACAAGAAAGGGGGAAAGAAGUGACAAGAAAGGGGGAAAGAAGUGACCAAGCGGCUUCGUCUGCGUCGCCUCCAUCUCCAUCUCCAUGGAUGCCCCUGAUUCUCCCUUGAUGAACAUACAUAGCAAGAACUUGAGGUUUUGCUUACUACUCCCUCAGUUUCAAAUUAUAAUUUAUUGACUUUUUCAACCUCAAGUUUAACCACUUGUCUUAUUUAAAAAUUUUGUGCAAAUAUAGUCAAAACUUAGUCAUUAUUAAAGAACUUUUAUUAAUAAAUCAAGCCACAACAAAAGAAAUGAUAUUUUACACAAAUUUUUAAAUAAGAUAGUGGUCAAAUUUGAGGUUAAAAAAUCAAACGAAUUAUAAUUUGAAACGGAUGAAGCAAUGAACAGUGAUGUAAGGUAUUGGUGUACACAGUCUCUUAUCUGGGUAUAUGCAAUGUACAAUUAUAAAUUAAGUGUGUUUAUCCUAAUAAUAGUCUGUAGCUUUGAUUAUUAUUAUUUUCUCUAUUUCAUUACAGGUUAGCCAGAGGUGGAUGUAGCAAAACCUCAAGACGGGUCCUCCCCCUACCCCACAAGACAAAGAGUCUGAGCCCCUUGUGCGUGGGCUGUUGGCCCCUUCGUAUCUUGUACUUGGCCGGUUUCCCCCUUUGCACCUAGUUCUUCUGUUCUAAACCAUGCCGGUCCUCAAACAAUGUUGUCGAUUGAUGAUGGCUCUUCGGCGGUGUGUGUGGUGUUGUCUUUGUUUGGCAGCAACUCCCAAACAAGAGCCCCUCGCGUAAGAGUACUCGAUCUUGUCGGGCCAAUUUGUGAGAUACUUGGUGGAGCUGGCCAUCUCGAUGCACCCUUCGUCGAUCCCCACUGAUGAGAUUGAGCAUGACAGGUGGGGCCAUCUGAUUUGACGAUUUGGCUUUCCUCUUAUUUGAAACGGCCCAUCAGCAAACUGAACUUUUUUUGAAGGAUGCGCCGUUUCUUUGGACUUUAUAAAAGCGCUUUUGGGAGCACCCGUCGAGUUCCCCCUCUUUCUUCGUCACCGUUCGUUCGCCGCUGCUCUUCCUCAUCAGAACAAUUCCCUCUUGAAGUUUCUUCCUUUUUGUUACCACUCUUCUGCUAGAACUUCUGAGUUGAGUGAUGCUCUAGGCCAAUUCGCCAUGGAUCAGUAGCUUUAGCUACAGCUUGUGCAUUAAUGACAUGCCACAGAUAAUCUAUUUCAGGCAA